GUCGCAUUCACUGUUAUCGUCGCAUACCCCACCAGCACAUACACCAAUCUAUUCCUACCACGAGCACCCACAAAUAUCGCGCCGAUACUACGACUGCAAACGAUCCGCCAUAUGCGAACACGAUGAACGAGCCACCGGCGAAGCGGAGGAGGACCAUUUCGCCUGAUGAACAAACAUCAAGCCCUCUGAGGAAGCCUCCUCGACGACCGUCUUUCGCAUCGCCUACAAAAGCCAGCCUUGCGCGGAACUACCCGAAUCUCUUAUCUUCGUCACCUCUCAAAGCAUCUCCAAGACGCAACAGGCAAGCGGGGUUGUCAGCCAGACGUGGUCCUCGAGCAAGGGAAGAGAGCGAUUCGGGACUACCGGGGGAUGAAGAUGAGCCAGAACUCCCGGGAACCCCUUCUCAGAACGACCGCGAAAAUCCAAAGCAGCCGCGCCGAGGUAUCCUCUUCUCCUCACCAAGCAAGCGACCUCCGCGUGUCAGAGAUCCUGUAAAACAGCCUCCACCGACUUCGAGAGCACCAGCAGUACAGCCCGAUGAUAUCACAGGGCCUAUAGAGGAUGGUCCUGUCGAAGACGUCACUCAGGAAGCGGUGCAAGAGAGACAACCUCCAGAUCCAGAGAUCGAGAGAAGGAGACAAGAGAAGGCACGUCUGCAGCGCGAGGUAGAAGAGUUGGAGGCUCAAGUAUCAAGAUGUAUCGACGAGGUGGUCAAAGAGCAGCGUCGUGGUCCAGAGGAUUCUUUACGGCCUCCAGAGCGCGACAGUUUGAAGAAGUUCGUAUCCGAGAUCAGCGGUACUGAUACAGAGCCGGAGAAGUCAGCACCAGUAUCAAGUCUGCUUUCAUCGUUCCUACCAUUCGCCGCCCUUUCCGUUCCUCCACCACGCCCGAAACAAGCAGAAAAGCCAGUUCCGUCCCAUCGGCCAGUGGAACUAGCAGAUCCCUUGCCUUACCUAGAGAUGUUUACAUCGCUCAACUUCUCCACACAACUCAGCCUGCCUCGUAGCAAGAUAUCUCCGGCGUCGCAGCGCGUUCAUCAGAAACACACCAUCGAUAUUGCCGGCCCACAGAAGCUGUUGACGGCCCAGGUUUCGAUUACAAUCGACGCGUUGACGCACGAAAUUAUCGACAUGCAGCUGCUUCGGAUCUCACCAUGGGCCGAGCGUGAAUUAGGCACCUACAUCCGCGCAAGAGCGCUCGAAAGAGAUCUCGGUAAUGCCUCCUGGGCCAUGGACUCAUACUGGCAAAUCGCAAGGAAACGAGCGCAACACUGGCACAAGUGCGAAACCAACUUUGCGCAUCUCCUCGUGGGUCGCACCGCGGAAGAUACCGAGAACACUCAGCCAGUAAAAUCCAUCACGCGCAAGGAUCUAAGCAGGAACUUGGGUCGCGAUACCUUGAUUCUACAAGAUAAACACGUCUUACUGAAGCUCAAUUGGCGGAUCGGCUUCGAUUGGACGGGCGAGGCGGAGUCGGAUGUCAUCGUGGAAGCCGCGUUUCCUCAGGUGUGGUCGGAAAUAGGUGAUGGUGCUGCUGCUUUUAAGAAGAUACCCCAAACUUUUGCUUCUCUUGUUCGCACAAAGGGUGCUUUUCAGGCUACUAGUGUCAUGGUAGCUUUGCUGUUUUCUCAGUAGAUGGGAUAUUUAUAACGCAUCCUGAAGAUAUACUGCUUAUUCUUGAGAGGGAAUUCAGUUGUAUUCCAUAUCAUUGGCGAGUUCUUCAUAUUUGCUAUACAAUUCAUUUGAGAGCGUCAUUGCGUACGUGUAGGUAUGCAUUGCGGAACUUAUGAGUGGCUCGUCGGUUCUGCGUCAUCGCGGUACCAUAGGAUAAAGUGAAGUGGAUGGUAACCACAGUAUGCGCGUACACAGCGAUUGUGAGUCGAAGAUAUCACUGGUGAGGAAUUAGUCGCUCAACCAUGGUACAGUUCAAGAAGGAGGAGCCAUCUCAUGUUGUUAUUGGUACCUUCCAUAGCUGUUAGCGUACUGCCUAUAUAGCC